AUGACAUGGGCUCAAACGUCAUGGCGGACGCGGGCGGGCUACCAGCCCUACGGAGCCCCGAGUGAGUGCAUGCUGCGUCACUGUGAUCCGCAUCGCCCACCAUGUUUACUAGGCAUAUCCAUUCCUAUAUCCAGGGGAUCUGCCUACCCGCUCGUAUGCACAAGCUCAGAAUGGUAUCCAUCCGAAUCUGAUAACCGUUCAUUCUUCCUCUUCGGAAACCGACUACGCGCCAUGGCUGCACCAACAGAGCACCACCACCACCAACUACAAACCCCCCCGCCAUCCCCACAGGCCACACGGCGCAGACACAAGAAGAAACCAGACCCAUUUGAGCAACUCGCAACAAUCCCAAUUCCAUCGCCCCCAUCUUCGCCGGCCGACGCGCUGCACGACAGCAACGAGCCUCUUCUAGCACGGAUUAUCCUAACCCCCGUCUUCUUCACUUCCUUCCUACUAUCGCUCUUCCUGGUAAACUAUCGCAAUCGCGUCCGCCGCACGCACGCACAUGCACCGACUUCUUCUUCCUCGCUUCUAGCCUACCUGGUCCCGUCGCGAUGGCUCGACCCGGAGCCUUAUCAGGACCCGGACGAUUCCACCUGGGGUCGUCGCAGGCACACGGCCGCCGCCCAACACGUCGAACCGCAUAGUGCUAUUUCGCCGAAACAACAAGACGAUGCAGUGCAGAGUCGCUUCGUGACGCCGAAUGGGAACAAGAAGAGGAGGCACAAGUCGUGGCACUUGCAUAAGAAGAUUCGCAAGGUGGCCAGGUUGGAGAUUGGCGAUGCGCUCGAGAUGCGAGGCCGCAUGAUCGCGGCUAUGGCUACUCUGGUCGUUUUGGCUGGGGUGGCUGGUUGGAUGGCCUUGAAAUGGUGCUUUGCAUCCUUGUCGCGCGCCAUGUCUGCCGCGCCGGGAUAA